GUGGUUUUUAGAGGGAAACAUUCUAAAAAAAGCAGUCUGAAGCAAAUGUGAAAAAUAGAUCGGUAUAGUUGGUAUUUUAAUUAAUUGGAAGGUUACAAUUAAGAGGAUAGCUAUAACAUACAUGGAUGAAUUGAAGCUAGGUAGAAAUGCUGAAAUGAGGUGAACGACAGUUUAAUGAUCUCUUCAAAUGAGAAAAACAAUGAGAAGCAAUACCACAGUGGUGACAGAGGAAUUGAGCUUGAGAAGAAGUAAUUAAUGUUGUAAAAUCUGUACUGAGGAACAUCUAUUACUGAAAUUCUACAAAAAUAUUGGCAAUUACAGUGAACUGCAAGUAAUAAUGUGUACAGUGUUAUAGAGAAUCUGGAGAAAAACUGAAAGGGAUUACAAAAUCUGCUAGCCCUUCAAGAAGAAGUCUUCAUAUACAUAUGUAUGCGUGUAUAUAUGUGUUAAUUUACCACUGAUACAUAAUUUGAACUUUUCCAGGGAUCUUGAAAAAAUCUGGGAACACUGAAAUAAGAAAAAAUAUAUGAUCAAGAAUAUAUUUAAGUCUGUCAUGAAAAAAACUUGGGAAAAUCAUCAGUAAGAUGCAGUGUCUUUUAAAAAGCUAUAUCCAAAGAAAGAUGCAUCAUGCUGGAUCAUAGAAAGAUGACGGGGUUAUCUGAGGAAAAAAUAUAUUGUUGUACAGUCAUCAAAAUUGAUGUUUUGUUAAAUGAGGAAUCUUUUGUGGGAAAAGUAAUGAACUGUGUGUAAAGAUAACAUGAUGAAUUGUCAGAAUCAACUAUAACUGAUAGCAUGCUAUAUAAACAACUGUAACAAACUGAGUUAAAUAAACAGCCUGUAACUUCAGGACAGGGUAUGCAGAAAUUAUCAUUCUGAUGUCCUGUUCUGUUCUGCUAAUUAUAUAAGUACUAUUGUGUUUUCCUGGCACUGAAACUUCUCUGACUUCAGGAGAUCUGGUUCAAAGAUGGAAAUGGACAGAAACCUGUACAAUUUUUAGGCUUAGUUUUCUGAAGGGUUAAUCCUCUAAUGAAAGACAGUCACAUAGACAUAUGGAAGGCUUAAGAGAGGAAGCAUAGCCAGCAGGUGCAUACAGCUGUGAGUCCAACCAUCUUGGCUUCUGAAGCAGGUGCCUGAAGUACCAUUUGAAAUGUUGACAGCUAGGCUGCUGUUGGUUAUUACAGUAACAUUAUCAGCUGGAUGAGAAAACAAGAGAACAGACUUGUAUUCAGGAACACUGAGGACCUCGCCAGUGAUUUGGAGACUAAAAAAAAUUAAACUGUUUUUGGUCAGUUGCUGUUUCUAAUUGUUGAAGAUUUAGCCAAAGCCUGAAGUUCAUCUGCAAAAUUCUUCUAAUAGGAGAAAUUUGAGAGUUGAUUUCUUGCUUUUAGUGAAGUGAUGUGUUAAACCAGAGGUUAAUCACACAGGUGGUAUAGGCGAAGAGAUGAAGCUCUGCAUGCAGGCGUUUGCCUUGAAGCAUACAUAGCAGUGAAACAUCUGUAACAGUGAAAUUUUGAAAUAGGCUCAAAUUGCACGGACCUUCUUUCUAGUGCCAAACUGAAACGGAAAAAGAAUUGGUUUGGAACAACUUUCUACACGGAAUUAACUGCAGAUGGAGAAAUCAAGAAAACAGCAAAAUCAAGUAGUUCUUCAAAUCCAAAGUGGGAUGAACAGCUGACAGUUGGAGAAGGUGAAAGAACAGUUGAAAUUGUCUUUGGAAAACAAGAGUGGCACGGUGCAAACAGGUGAACUGACAGUCGUGCUAGAUGGUUUGGUUGUUGAACAGGAAUCUCUUGCAAAUCUCAGUUCACCAGCAACCAUAGAAGUUCAGCAAAAUGGAGAGGCUAUGCAUGAAAACAGAGAUGCUUCAGCAAGAAGUACAUCAAGAUCUGCUUGUGAUAUUUCUAAUGGGAAUGACAAUCAAGUACCUUCAAACUCUGUAGUACAGAAUGCAUUCUGCGUAGAAGCUGUUAAUGGAAACAACUCACCGUCUCCUACACAUGUUGCAGCCAGACCCAAAAAUACACCUGUACCAAAACCACUCGGAGCUGGGCUUGUCAACAGCACUGUUAAUGGUGAGUCAUCGUCCUCUGCACCAGAAACUGGUAAUUCUUCUGUCUCUGAGGCUGUGAUAGGUUCAGGAGAAGCUCCCAUGUCUACAGAUUGCACUAGCACUACAGCAGAACCUCAAUCAACAGAAGAAGCAACUAGUUGUUCUGAAAGCCACACUUCUACGCUAUCUGUUGUGUCUGCUGGACUAGAAGCUUCGUCUGCAACAGACUGUGCUCAGCCUAAUGCCACAAACAGUACAGCAGCAGAUGCUGCAAAACCAAGGGAAUCCUCCUCAGCCUCAAGUACAUCUGGAGAGCCUGUAAGACAGCAGACUGUUAGUGCUGGUACAGAACCUUUACCACCAGGGUGGGAGCAAAGAAAGGAUCCUCAUGGUAGAACCUAUUAUGUUGAUCACAAUACACGAACUACAACGUGGGAAAGACCGCAGCCCUUGCCUCCUGGCUGGGAGAGAAGAGUUGAUGAUCGUGGAAGAGUUUACUAUGUGGACCAUAACACCAGAACAACAACAUGGCAGCGACCAACAAUGGAAUCAGUCAGGAACUUUGAGCAGUGGCAGUCUCAGCGUAAUCAACUGCAGGGAGCUAUGCAACAAUUUAACCAACGAUACCUCUAUUCGGCUUCGAUGUUGUCAGCAGAGAAUGAUCCUCUUGGGCCUUUGCCGCCAGGGUGGGAAAGGAGAGUGGAUUCAAAUGAUAGGGUGUAUUUUGUAAAUCAUAACACAAAGACAACACAAUGGGAAGACCCUCGAACUCAAGGUUUACAAAAUGAGGACCCUCUUCCAGAGGGCUGGGAAAUCAGAUACACUAGAGAAGGUGUACGAUACUUCGUUGAUCAUAAUACAAGAACUACCACCUUCAAUGAUCCUCGUACUGGGAAAUCUUCUGUAAAUAAAGGGCCACAGAUUGCCUAUGAGCGUAGCUUUAGGUGGAAACUUGCUCAUUUCCGUUACUUGUGUCAGUCCAAUGCACUGCCAAGCCAUGUGAAAAUCAAUGUAUCCAGACAGACUUUGUUUGAGGAUUCCUUCCAGCAAAUUAUGGCAUUAAAACCCUAUGAUUUGAGGAGAAGAUUAUAUGUUAUAUUCAGAGGAGAAGAAGGAUUGGAUUAUGGUGGAUUGGCAAGAGAAUGGUUUUUCUUGCUUUCCCAUGAAGUACUGAACCCUAUGUACUGCCUAUUUGAAUAUGCUGGCAAGAGCAACUAUUGCCUGCAGAUAAAUCCAGCAUCAACAAUCAAUCCUGACCAUCUUUCGUAUUUCUGUUUCAUUGGACGUUUUAUUGCAAUGGCAUUGUUUCAUGGGAAAUUUAUUGACACUGGUUUUUCUUUGCCUUUCUACAAACGAAUGCUGAGCAAGAAACUUACUAUUAAGGAUCUAGAAUCUAUCGAUACUGAAUUUUACAACUCACUAAUUUGGAUAAGGGAUAAUAACAUUGAAGAGUGUAACUUGGAAAUGUACUUCUGUGUAGAUAUGGAGCUCUUAGGAAAAGUAACCUCACAUGAGCUGAAAUCUGGAGGUUCAAAUAUCUUGGUAACUGAGGAGAACAAAGAAGAGUAUAUUGGGCUCAUGGCUGAGUGGCGAUUUUCUCGGGGAGUUAGAGAACAAACCAAAGCUUUUCUUGAUGGUUUUAAUGAAGUUGUUCCACUACAGUGGCUACACUACUUUGAUGAAAAAGAGCUGGAGGUUAUGCUCUGCGGUAUGCAAGAGGUUGAUUUAGCAGACUGGCAAAGGAACACUGUUUAUCGUCAUUAUACGAGGAAUAGCAAGCAGAUCAUGUGGUUCUGGCAGUUUGUAAAAGAGACAGACAACGAGGUUCGCAUGCGACUUCUGCAGUUUGUCACUGGCACUUGUCGGUUACCUCUGGGUGGAUUUGCUGAACUUAUGGGAAGUAAUGGUCCUCAGAAAUUCUGCAUUGAAAAGGUUGGUAAGGAAACUUGGUUACCAAGAAGUCACACUUGUUUUAAUCGUUUGGAUUUGCCACCCUACAAAAGCUACGAACAACUGAAAGAGAAGCUGCUCUUUGCCAUUGAAGAGACUGAGGGAUUUGGUCAAGAGUAGAAGCAGCUUCUAGUCCAAAAGGAGACUUUGCAUAUUAAAAGGCUCAGCCAACUAAAAUUGCACACUUAAUUGUAUAUAAGCUUUUUGUUCUGUACAGUGAUCUUUCUGGAACUCUAAAAGUAUAAUUGUUCUCCGUUCUUCCACAAAGAUAUGCAAAACAGUUCAGCCUUUUCUACUUUUAUUUAUUGCCCUUCCAAAAGACCAGAAAAAUCCCUCAUAAAUGUUGAAAGCAGACAAGAGUCUUAUUUAAAAUAUAUAUUAAAAAUAUAAAUAUAUAUACGAAUAAGCUCUAGUUUUAUAGAGCUUUAAGUGUAUGAAAAGUUGCAGCCAUUUAAAAGGGCCUGGAUUUGCUUUAUCUUGGCUUUAUUAUUUAGAAAAAAAAUGUUUAAACUGCUCUGUGUUCUCUCUUAAGAAACAUCUCCAAGUUUGUUUUAUUGCAUGGCUGUUCUAAAAGGUGUUAAAGGCUUAGGCCAAACGUAUCCUAAAUAUGUAGAAAGAUGCUGCUGGUAUUUGAGACGACAGAAUAUGAUGUUCUGUCAGUUUAAUUUUUUAAAAUACAUUAAUAGCUGAUAUAUCUCUCUUUACUACACUGAUGUAGCCAAGGUCAUUAAUAAAGCCUUUAUUACUUGCACAAGAGUAAUGUACAAUAAGAUGAAUGUGAUUUAAUGUUGAAAGGAAUUGGUGCCACUGUUCUGACUUGUUGUAGGAGCUGAACAGAACAUUUUGAUUCAUUUGAGCAGCAUUGAAAUUUGUUUACAUAUUACCUUGGGUUAUUACCACGAGGAUGUUAGGUAAUCUUCAAAGAAAAAAUAAUAAUAAAAGAGAAACUAUUCCACAUUCUCUCCUUGGUCUGUUGUCUUACAGGUUUUUUAUUUUUUUUUUUUUGUUGUUGUUGUUGUUGUUUUUUUUCCCAAUCUGUGAUGUGUUUUUCCCAACUUCAUAGAGUCUAUUCAUGUAAACUGAGAUCUAAGGGUAUAUGAAAGGUAAUGUGAACUUUGCUGCUUUCUAUGCUCAUGUUCAGUUUCUGUUAUUGGAUUUAGUAAACCCAAAUAAAAUUAAAUUGACAUAAGCUUUGCACAGUAAAAAUACUCUGAAGUAUUACAUACUUUUAUUUCUCUUUAAGUUCCUGUAGAAAUUCAGAUGUACCUGAAUUAUGUCCAGAACCUGUCAUUCUUUUCUGUAGGCCAAGUUUGUCCUACAUGCAUAGUAAUCAGUGAUUUAAAUCUAUUUUUUUUUUUUUUUUGGUAUUGAGGGCAUUUGCUGAACUGAAAAGAUGUUUAAAAAAAGUUAUGACACCUUAUUCAUGUGAAUUCUGUUAAAUGCUACUUUUUAGCAAACUGUGCUUCCUUAUUAUAGAGUAAAAUAUGUUUAAAACUACCAUUUGUAUUAUGCUUUAAUAUUAACUGUAAAUUCCAUUACAUUUAACUUAUACAGAAUUUUGUACACACGUGAAAAUGAUUUCUUAAAGUAAGAUUAAAAAACAUUUCUGUAACAUACCAUAUUGCACUGUUAAAAGUGUACACGCAGAAAAAAUAGCUCUAUCUGUUCUUGUAUCUUCCCGAUACAGCGACUGAAUUCACUGAAUUCUGCCAAAACUUUAUUUUUCUACAGACUGGAUUCUCUGGAGGCUUUGUACUCAAAAGGGCACAGUUUACUGUGGAGCUGCUGAGCUGUAUGUAGCUUUGAUAACAGUGGUACUGCACCUGGCCCAACGAGAGCGCUAUCUUACCUGAACUUUCCAUAGGAGUUUCAUAUUACACCAAAUAUCUUUUGCAAAGCUGUUUUCAUAACUACGUCAUUAAUUUCGAGUGUAAAAGCACCUAAAUUAUGACUUACGUAGAUUAGAGUGGAGGAAGCUUUACAAAAAAAAAGUCAAAGGCAGGGCAACAGAAGUGUGUGUAGCUUACCGAAAGGACAGUUCAGAGGACUACGUGUCAUGUCAUACAGUUGAACAUUAUGAAUUUGCACUAACGAAUGGACUUGGUAACCCACUACCAACUGCUGAACUUUGUGAAUCUGUGAGUAAGUUAUCAAAACAAAAAUAAUAAAAAAGACAGCACAUCA